AUGUCGCAAGUUUUUGAAAGCGAGACAACUUUCGAUACAGACAUUUCCAGUUGGGAUGUAUCUAAUGUUAAGAACAUGAACUCGAUGUUUUUGGGAGCAAGUACGUUCAACCAAAAUAUCAGGCAAUGGGAUGUUGGUGCGGUGACCGACUUCGGCUUUAUGUUUAGUGACGCGACAUCCUUCAAUCAGAAUUUGUGUGAAUGGGGCGAUCAUAUCACGGCCCCGGCCCCUACCGUUGAUGUUUCCGGCAUGUUCUUGCCGUCUGGGCCAGCUGGUAGUUGCCUGACUACGGAUCCUGAUCUUUCCACCUCACCCAAGGGGCCAUUUUGCCAGAGUUGCUAA